UUUCCUUUUGAAAAGCCAGCUAACUGUGACAUGGGAUUGUAUUUAUUUGUCACAAAUGUCACAUUUUUUGUGAUUUUUUUUUUUCACAAGUUGAUUCUUCCUGUUUUCACCGUGAAAACCUUUAAAUUUUUUAAACCAAAGACAUGAAAUUCAUUACUUUGUCGAUUUUAGACUUUUCUUUUACCCAUUAGGAUAAAAGGUGAUUCCUCACUUUUUGCUGUGAGCAUUUCUGAAACAAAUGUCCAUAAAGUCCAGAAGUAAAAAUAGAGGUAAAACAAAUAAAACCACACCUGGUUUAUACCAUGACAUCUUUUAAUCCCCUUUAAAUUUGGUCAUGUGACUCCUCAAAAAACCUUUGUUGAAGUGUGUUCACCUGCUGAUCAAAGACAGGAGACUCCAAAAAAAACGUAAGGAUUUUCUAUAGUCUCCACUAGAUAUCAGUUUAUGUGAACUAGGUGAUGUUCUUUUUGGGUAAUCUUCCAUCUCCUGAUGUCUGUCACUACCUCUUUAGCCUUGUAGAUGUAAAUGAUCACACUGCUGUCUUUAUUCUGCUUGGUCAGGUGAGCCAGAAACACCCUGACCCUCUGAGGUCCAACUAUCUCGCACAAUGCUGUGGAAUAGCAUGGGGCUCAAAACACUGCUCUGUGGUACCCCGCAGCUCUGAGGUUCUUAAGAUCGAGUCUUGUGUCUAGUCUGUGGUUCUUGAGUUCGAGUCGUGUGUCUAGUCUUAAGUACUUCAGGUCAAGCCUGAAGCUGUCAAGUGUCAUGUCAAGUCCUGAGUACUUGAGGACAAGUCGCAUGUCAAGUCCUAAGUUCAUAAGGUCGAGUCUUGUCAAAUCCAAACUUCUUGAGGUUAAACCUCACCAAGUCAGUAGACCUUGAGUCUUGUGUCAAUUCUGAAGUCCUUGAGGUCAAGUCUUUAGUAUUGAAGCCAAGUCACAGGUUAAAUCUGAAGUCCGCGUCUCUGCGACUCAACUGUGACACGAGUCAAAGUCCCUAUGACUACCAUGUUCUUUCCAAAGUGAUGUCACUUUUUUUCUGAGUCAAACUGCAGUUUUAGGACUACAGUUGUCGCUUUCAAAGACACAACUGGAAAUGAAAAUGAAAAGUUGCUGAAGGUCAUUCCUGUGAUCUUCUGAAAAAUGUUCCACUUCCUAUCUUUGUGCGUCAUCAAAGGGUUUCAGUUUGUGAAAGACAAUGUCUCUGUGUUUCUCUUUAUCUCUUAAUCCUCUGUCAUUUGUCGUGUCUUGCUCUGCCUUUUUCACCUGCUGCCCUUUCCUGUUCCUCCUGUCCUCAGUUGCCCUCUGCUCUGUAUUUCAUCCGUCCCAGGUCUCUGCCUUUCUCGCUCUUUGUUUCACCCCCACUGAUUCACCAUUUUUUCUUUAACCUCCUAGAUUAGUGUGAGAUUAUGUCGGGGGGAUGGAUUUUAAUGGUUACGUAAAGGCCAGCGCCAAAUCCCGACGGAUUUUCUGGGAUUAGAUGCGUUUGUGUGUGUUUUGUAGGAAAGAGCCAGAGGGGAUUGUGGGUGGAGAAAUGAUCAUUGCUCGCCAAGCGCAAUAUUUCAAGUCAAACCAGAAAGGAGGAUUGAUGGAUGUCCUUUGUCCUCUCUUGAUCAGUGUUGACUCUUUUGACGAUGCUGAAUGUCUGCAUGUUUAGGGACGUUUGGAUGAUUUUUGAAAGUUUUUAUUGGAUCGUUUUGGCUUUUGAAAGAAGAAACUUUUAUUAGAAUUAGUUGGACUACGUUUUUCCCGAUGAGCUUUUCUCUUAAUCGAUGGAUAAAAUCCAAAUUGGAUGCGUUUAGUUCCUUUUAAAAUGCAUUUAUAUCCAAUUCUACCCACCUUCGCCAUGCCGAGCCUUCAGCUACGAUGAUGUUCUGCACCACCUUUCUUUCCAACCCCUCUGAGGAACUCAAUUGCGACGGUGGAGGAGCGGCAGCCGCUGCCGUAGGGGGUGGAGGUCUGGGCCCGUGCUGCCUGUCCUCGUUGCACUGCCUGGUUCUCCCCCAGGAUGAACUUUACCCGCCCCUCUCAAACCCCGCCGCUCGCCUCUCCCUUUGCACAGAGGAGCGAGCUUGCAGCUUUGUGGGUAAAAUGCUGUUAGACGUCAACCUGAGCCCCUGCAGGUCAGGAGGGGGCAGGUGUAUUUGGGACAGGGUGAGAAGGCGACACAGCCGCUCAGCAUCACCUAGCCAAAACUCCCACAGUCCAUGUAGAGAUGAUUCAAGAGGACCCGCGUUGCCCAUGGCGACCGUAGACAUCAAAAACCCAGAGAUCGACAAGGAACACCGCAAUUCCAACUUCAAACAGAUCAACAUCAACACGUCAUUCCCCAGGAGGGAGAAAAAGAACAAGGGAGGAGGGGGGAAGAAGAAGAAGCUGACCAAAGCUGACAUCGGCACACCCAGCAACUUCCAACAUCUGGGUCAUGUAGGAUGGGAUCCAAACACAGGCUUUGAUCUGAACAACCUGGAUCCUGAGCUGAAGAACUUGUUUGACAUGUGUGGCAUCUCUGAGACUGACCUGAAGGAUAAGGAGACCUCCAAGCAGAUUUACGACAUUAUCGAGAAGAGUGGAGGCGUGGAAGCCGUGAAAAACGAGCUACGUAGACAAGGUCCACCCCGGUUGAGUGCUCCUCCCCCCCCACCUCCCUCCAGAGGUGGGCCCCCCCCUCCGCCCCCCCACCACAACAGCUCAGGCCCUCCGCCUCCUCCCCCUCCUCCCUCCCGUGGUGGUCGAGGCGCCCCACCGCCCCCUCCCCCCUCCAGAGCUCCGGUUUCUGCGCCGCCUCCUCCCCCUCCCUCCAGAGGAGGGGGCAUGCCCGCUCCCCCUCCGCCCCCGCCCAGCCGGGGCUUUCACCCGCCUCCCCCUCCGCCAGCUCACGCCUCCGUGCCUGCCGCCCCGCCGCCACCCCCUCCGCCUCCCCCUUCAUUUUCAACACCAGCCAGCAGUGGUGGGCCUCCUCCACCUCCUCCCCCCCCACCUCCAGGUCCACCGCCUGUCGCCCCCCCAAUGCCCUCUACGGAGGCUAACGGGGGAGAAAAGUCGGCGCUGCUGAGCCAGAUCAGAGAAGGAGCCCAGCUGAAGAAGGUGGACCAGAAAGAGAGGCCGGUGUCCAGCACCGGCAGAGACGCACUUCUGGACCAAAUCCGACAAGGGAUCCAACUGAAAACCAGGGAUGAGAACACGGACUCUGCACCGGCCCCCUCCACCCCUUCAGCGGGCAUCGUCGGAGCUCUGAUGGAAGUCAUUCAGAGGAGGAAGGCCAUUCAUUCCUCAGAUGAAGACGACGACGAUGAUGAUGAGGAGGACUCUGAGGAAGAGGAUGAAUGGGACGACUAGCAAUUUAUUAUUUUUUUCCCCCUCCAACCCUGAAAUUAUAGUGACACUAAAAUCUGUUUUUGUCUGUUUUAAAGUGAAACGAUUGAUUUCAAGUUUCUAAACUUAAAUGUCCUCACAGUUGCUGUACAUUUUUGUUGCCUUUAUGCUUUUUUUUAUUAUUAUUAUUCUGUGCAAUACCUCAUUAAUCUGUAAAUGGCAUUUUCACUUCAGGUUGAUUCUUCAUCUGUCAACUGAACCCCUGACGUUUGAUUACAACUCUUUGUUUCUGUCAUUUCUUUGUUCUUUUUCUUUGUGUAACACACUAUGUUGCUUCCUGUUCUUCACUUGGUUGAUCAAACAUUCUGUUAUAUCUGCUGCUUGGCAUCCCCCAUCAGCUCUACGUCACAUAUCCUCAAAACAAUGUGCAAUUUUUGACAAAAAUCUCUUUUAAAAUUAGAGCUGAAUGUCUUUUUUUCUGUAUAUUUUGGUCAGUAACUGAGGAGGGCUUGCGAGAUAGUUAGACCAGUUUUGACAAACCUUUGAUCUAUUGUAUCAUUAAGAGGGAAAAAAAAGUACUAUUUUCAUACCCUACUGCUCCGUAGUUUAUUUUUUACACAUUCAGAAACUCCUAGUUUAGUGUUCAUAUUUUCUUAAAAUGAAGAAAACACUCAACUUUUUUUUAAAUCUUUUUUUGUUUUGGAAAAGUAGCACAUUAGGCUGUGGACUGUAAAUUUGCUCCAGAGUUGUCUUGUUAUAUUUUUGCACCGAUUGUUUGACAGGAAAAUUUCUGUCUCGUGCAUUAUGGGAUAUAUAAAAAAAAUAAAAAAGAAUAAUGCUUAAAGAUAUGGAGAGAAACGCACAUGAACCAUGGACAUCACACUACGAACAGCAAAGAAAGCAGCCCUGAAGAUGUUUGGCUCGCUAUAACCGUUUUUGUUCCGGUCAUUGUCACACUACAGAUUAUGUUGAGUUUGUGCUCUUUUCUUUUCUUUUUUUUUUUUUUUUUUGAAGUAUUAAUAAAUGCCUGUUUGUUGUAACCAGCUCAUUUAUCAUGUAAAGCUUAAGGAAUAAAGACAUUUUAGUUUUACACA